UGAAGCAGCGCCUCUGACAGGUGUUCCCGCAGGAUUCCUCCACCUCACAGUUUAUAAAGGGCAGUGGAGAGCAGGAAAGGCCGGGACACCAGGAAGACCAGCCAGGCACUCGACCCCAUUGCUUGAAGCCGGCGUACUUCCUCCUCACACUACUAGUCACUAGUGUGAACUGUGAAGUGUCACGAGAGAAUUAUCGAGAAUGAAGGGUCCGAAGGCGCUGACUCGGUGCGCGCUCGCACUGCUGCUGCUCGUGACCACGCUCGCCCUGCGCGCCAGCAGCUCCCCUAAGGUGAAGGAUACUUUCCAGCGAAGGAACUGGACGCCCCAGGCAAUGCUGUACCUCAAGGGAACACAGGGACGUCGUUUCAUAUCCGAAGACCGAAACGAGGGGGACAUGUAUGACACACUUCGUAUAGUAACACGCAGCCAGAAUGCAGAGCAGCGGGAUGUGUCAAGAGCUGCAGCUGUGCUACUGCGCUUCCUCCAGCAGGCCCAGGAGGAAGGUGAGCCUCCUCUUGCACAACUGGCUGCUCGGUCAGUCAUUGUCACAGACCCUCUGGGUUCAUCAUACACUAAUUAUUAAAGAUGGGAAGCUGUUUAAGUUAAUAGGCUCUAUUUUUGCUUUCUAAAUUUGUUGUCACAUUUCUUCAUAGGGGAAAUGUUUUCACUCUGUAUAUUAAUUUCUUAAGAUGCAGAGCUGCAGUUAACAUUAUACAUUGAGACUAUUACAUCUGCAAAGAUUUAUCAAAGUAUUUAC